GACACGACCGUUACUGUUGGUGAGGCUGAUUUGAAUGAGUUUCCUGAAGGUGGUCGAGGUUGGCUAGUUAUCCUUGGGUGCACUUGUAUUUCAAUCAUGACCUACGGUAUGAUCAAUGCCUAUGGUGUAUUUCAGACCUAUUAUGCAACCACAUUGUUUCCAACUCACAGCUCGUUGGUAUUGUCCUUGAUAGGUUCUGUCCAAACAACAUUAGUUUAUAUGAUCGCUCCAUUUUCGGUUCCUUUAACUUUCGCUUUAUCUGCAAGAGUUUCCUGUGCACUUGGUGGCUCAUUGAUGAUAAUAUCCUUUUUUUUGUUGCCUCGAUGCACUCAGUACUACCAAGUAUUUCUUUGUCAAGGUGUUUGUUACGGUUUAGGUGGUGGAAUAAUGUUUCCUCCAACCUUACAGUCUCCAUAUGAAUGGUUCAAAACUAAAAGAGCCCUAGCUAAUGCUUGCUCAGUAUUCGGUACUUGUGUUGGUGGUAUAAUCUGGCCCAUUUUAUUCAAACAUAUGGAAAAGAAAAAUGGUUUUGCUUGGACAUGUAGAACAAUUGGUUUUCUUUAUAUUCCCUUGGUAGUGGCUGUUUGUUCUCUACUACAACAACCUUUAGAUGAAAAAUUCACUAAAAACAUGUCUGACAAACACAAACUAAUGAAAGAAUGGAUAAUUGUUCUGAAAAAUUGGAGACUCAACUUGUUAUUAUUUUCAAAUGCUUUAGGUAUGCUAGGUUCUUACUGUGGUAUCUUUUUCUUGGACUAUUUUGCAGUCAAGUUAAAUCCAACUUCAACAGUCUCGGAAUAUAUCGUUGUAUUAUACAAUGCAUUUGGAGGUCCAGGUAGAUUAAUUUCAUGCAUUCUAGCUGAUAGAUUUGGUAGACUUAACAUCUUACUAGUCUUUUUAUUUUUCUGCUUUGUUUUUCCUUUGAUCUUAUGGAUGCCUUCAAUUCCUGCACAAAACUUGACAGUAUUUGCUGUUUUCACCUCAGCUUGGGGUGUUGCAUUGGCUGGUUUCUUUGCAAUUUUUCCCGUGAGUAUGGGUCAAUUGUUUGGUAUUAAUGGUUCAGAAGCAAGAGUUGGUCUAUUUUUAUUAACAUCAGGUCCAGGUCCUCUAAUUGGAACAAUGAUUGCAAGUAGUUUCAUACCAACUGGAAGUCAUAAUGAUCUUAAAAUUAUCAAUAGCUUUUAUGGAUUGAGUGGAUUCUGCGGCGGUAUAAUGUUUCUUUCUUUCUUAACUUGCUUAUGGUUAAGACUUUCAGUGUCAACAAAG